AAGAGGAACUGCUCAGUCAGGUUACUUUAAAAACAAGCCCCUUAGUCAUUGGCUGAGCUGUUGUUUUUGAGGAACUUUGACCAGCUUGUAAGCGAGUCUGUUAUAAAGUAGCAUGUGAUUAUGUUGCUGUAGUUUUUCCUCUUCGGUAAGAAAGAACCAGGUGUGACAGUCAGUAAGCAAAUGUGAUUACAUUUAAAGGACAGAUUUUUGAAGAUCAGUGCACCCUCAGAUGUAAGGACCCUUGCGCACAGCUGACUGCUGACUUGGAUCAUAAGAGGUUCUGUUUCGCUCUGAACAAAUGACUGAAGCUCAUCUACCUCGCUCACUGGAAUCACAGCUCAGUCCCGAUGAGAUGAAGUUACUUGCUAAACUAGAGGAACAGAACAGGCUGCUAGAGAAGGACAGCAAGUCUGUAAAUGGUGUCCUGCAAAGUCCCACCUCACCCAAGAUCUUCACUUUUGAAGAGAACACAUGGGAUCAAGUGGUUAAAGAAUGGGACGACUGGAGCAAAAAUAAAGUUGGACAACUCAAGGAACUGAUCAGGAGAGGGAUCCCGACUUACCUGAGGUCACACCUGUGGCAGCUACUGUGUGAUGCUCAGAAUGUGGUCGCUCGGCAGGAGUUUCCACAUCUGCUGAAAAGCUCUUGUCACUCUGAAACAUUGAUACGCAAAGGCCUCACGCGCAUCCUACCACAACACCGUCUGUUUCAGAGCAGGGCAAGCGAGGAGGCCAUGUUUAAUGUGCUGAAGGCUUACUCUGUCUUAGACCAGGAAAUUGGGUACUGUCAGGGAUGUGUGUAUAUUGUGGGUCUGUUGCUCACGCAGAUGUCUGAAGAAGAUGCCUUCUGUGUGUUUGUGAGACUUAUGAAGGACUUCCAACUGAGGGAGCUCUAUAGAUCCAAUACGGUUGAACUUGACUGCUGCAUUUACCAGCUAGACUCUAUUAUUCAGGAGCAGCUUCCAGAUCUUCACUCUCACUUCCAGACUCAGGGUUUCCACACAUCGUUGUUUUCCUCAUCCUGGUUUCUCCACAUCCUCCUGUCUUCCCUGCCCAUCACAGCUGCCCUGAGAAUUUUUGACAUUUUCAUGUGUGAGGGGCUGGAGAUCGUGUUCAGGGUUGGUUUGGCCAUGCUUUACAUAAAACAAACAGAACUUAUGAAGCUUGAUGUAGAGGGCAUGAUGCAGUGCUUGAAUUUAGCACAAGAAGAUUUAGAUCCUGACAGGUUGAUUGAAGCAGCAUAUAACAUAAAAUACAACCCCAGAAGAAUGAAAGAAUUAAGAAAAGAGUAUGCAUCUAUCAAGGCAAAAGAGCUGGAAGAACAAGAAGAACUAAAUACGCUAUAUUCAGAAAACAAGCUUUUAAAGCAGAGACUUGACAUACUGGAAAAGAGAUGUUCAGAAAAACUGGUGUCACAGCUGAAGGAAGAGUUGGAGAAGACUCAGCUGAACGCUACAAAGUCACUCAGCACUUUAAAAGAGAUGCAGGCUAAGAUCUUGCAGAUGGAGAGCAGCACUGGGCCCGAUGCGGACAGUGUUGUGUACCUGCAGGGGGAGCUGAUCAACUAUAGACUGCGGGAAGCAGAGGCUCUCACCAGACUUAAAGACCUCAAACAGCACAUUAAAAACAUGGAUGAGAAGUGGCAGAUGCAUUGUGGAGGUCAGCAGAAGGGCUGCGAUGUGCAGAAUGUCCUGCAGGUGGAGCUGUUGAAAGAAACUGUUACUAAGGCUGCACUUAUAGAGAGCCGUCACAGACUGCUGCAACUACAGACAGAGAAUGACAUUAAGAGGAACCAGCUAAAGCGAAUUGAGGCACAUAUUCAUAACCAACGAGAGCGUCUACAAGAGCUGACAACACAUAACCAAGAUCUACACAAGCAGUUGCAAUGGAGCAGGAAGCAGUUUUCAGCUGGUAAAUACAAGCAAGAAAAGCAGAAAGAAGAUGCAGAAGACAUGGCCGUCAUUGGAGAUCUUAAAAAGCAGAUUGCAAAGUUACAAGUUCAAAUUCACAGCCUCUCUAAGUGAACGACAUCAUUUUCCCAACCCUCGCUGAGAACUUCGACAUCCGCCUCUGUGGAGCGACACCUAAAAAUGGACAGCUGCCCUGGUGUCCCGUCAUCCAGUCUCCAGAAGCCAUCCAAUGAAACACUCAAGACAUGCUAUUAACAGCACUGCCCACAGUUUCUGUGUGCACUGGGCAAGUGUCUUUAAAGCUCCAGGUAUAAGGGCCACAGCAAGAUGGCGUACAGUAUGUCAUCAAAUGUGAUGUGGAAUCAUAUGCACACUGUGACAGUUUUGCCAUUGACACUUAAAAGUGACACCAAGAUUUCUCUCAUUCUUGCCAUAAAAGGAUGUGGAAUGCACAGUCUAACAGUUAAACACCACACGACACGUGUAAGAGGUGUGAGUGUGAUGCCAUUCUGUCACAUGGUACAAUGGGUUUUAGAGUCAUUUUACUAAAGGAGACCCCUUACAUGAUUGGACAACAGUGAUUUCAGUCAAACUAGAUUUUUUGGUGUAUCAAAACUAUUAUAUUUUGACUUUAGUCUCAGAAGAUUUACAAUACAGUUACUUAACUUUGAUGACAGCCUUUGUGUUUGUCUGUGCAUUGACAUGUGAAUGCACAUUUAGGAUUAUAGAUGAGACAAACCAAUAAACCACAUACAUUUUUGGUCUCCCAUAUAGCUUAUGUUUUAUAACGCACUAUUACCCAUGAGAAAAAUAUACUUGAAUGUACUAAAAUAUAUUUAUACAUUGUUAUUUUUGUGCUAAAUAAAAGCAUAAAAUCUAUACUUUGCAAA